AUGAACAAAUUAUUAUUAAUUGCUGCUUUAUUCUGCUUAGCUACUGCUCAAACUGUUCAAGAAUGUCCUACUGACGGCUCUGUAUUAGAAUGUGUCAUUUAAGAUUCUCCUGUAUGUGGUAUCAGAAGCUUAACUAAUGGAAAACAAAUCAAGGAAACUUUUGCUAACUAUUGCGCUGCUUGUAAUGUUGGUAAAGUUGAGUAUACUGUCUCCGGAAAAUGUGAAAGCUAUCCUGCUUAAGCCUAGUUCUGUUCACCUGCUUAAUCUAAUGCUGAAAUCUGUACUAUGAUUUAUGAUCCUUAAUGUGGUUACUUCAACUAACAAGUUAACUGUUUGGUCCCUCCUUGUAACAUUGACUAGUACAACAGAUGCAAGACCUGCUCAACUCAAAAUGUACUUUACACUAUUAAAGGUAAAUGUCCCUCACAUUGA